GGUUUUUUUUUUUUUUUUUUUUUUUUUGCCUUGCCCAGAUUAGUCUGGUCUGCUCGGUAUACCUCUCGGCUCGCCUUACUAACUGUCCGUCUCAGGAAACGAGUCAGGAGUGGGAGCUUGAUGGCCAGCUCGAUGUCAGCCUUACGCUGGCUGUGGAGGGGAAGCGUGGGGUCUGCGGCGCAGAGCAGUAAUGUUUGCUCGCCGUUUCGAGUGAUUGAAGAAGACUGGUUGGUGGCGUUGGUGAGCAUAAACCGGCAGCACAAAACAAUCCUAAGCCGAGAAAGCCAUGCAAGCAUGUAA